UGAACAUGUACCGGAGCUUGCAGGUCAACUCAACAGCCAAGUAGCUGAACAGUUCUUCGCAAAGAUGCGGAAGAACAAUUAUUUCAUCAACAAUAUGUCGCCUUCAGCUCACAUUUUUCUGGUGCGAAACAUUUUUCAUCACCACAAUGAAAAAAAGGAGAGACAAACCAUUGAGAAGAUGAAAAGAAAUGUGAGGAAUGUCAGUAUCACACUGGACACACUUGGGAAGGCAGUAGCAGCUCCACAGACUUCAAUGGGCACUCAGACUUCAUUGGAACCCACAAGAAAUCUUGCUGGAACAACUCCCGACAGGGAAACUUUCCUGUGUGACAUACAGCCGCAGAGAUCAUGCUGGGGUUUGAAACCUAGUCCACCACAAAAAAAUAUGCUGAAAUAUGUCUUGGACCCCAAAAGAAAUCCAGAUGAAACAAUUAUACGAACCCAGUUUACCAAAGUGCAGCAAGUUACCUUGCAACGCAGAGACUUUUUGACUCUGGGCUUGGCACGGGAGUUGGAGGCCACAAUAGCAAAUUGCUGUUUUCAGAUAAUCACCCAAAUAGCACAGUCACAGCAAAAUGAUGUGUAUGCAGUGGAUUGCUAUGUUGUACCAACAUGGCUACCACCACAUUGUCCAGAUACCUCGUCUUUCCCCAAUGAUUUGGCAAACAAGGAUUUUGUCCUCAUACCUAUUUGGAAACCAGGACACUACAUGCUCUGUGUUUUGAAGCUGAGAGAGAGACACAUUCUUUUCCUAGACUCCUUAUUCCAUAAGCAUCCGGAAGCCUCAGUUGGCUUUGGCGAUCAACGAUACAUUCAGAUUUGCAGUGAUCUUGCGCAGAGGAUUAUUCCAGGAGAAUGGACUGUGAUCUACAGCAAGGACCUCAAAGGUCUCCCAAGACAGAAAGAUGGCAAUGCCUGUGGGAUCUUCAUGUUAAUGUAUGCUCUUUACAUUGUGCUAGGGGCAGAUUUUGACUUCACAACUGCUGACAUGGACACAAUCAGGACAUGGUGGUGCCUGUUGCUCCUGUCUGGUCAUUCAAUUGGCACAGAAAAGGAAAAAUGA